AUGGAGCAAUCGGAUUUCGUGAACAAAAACAAGAAUGGAGAUCAAGAGUCUCGCUUUGCUCUCCUUGUGGCCAAGCAGAUACUCCCCUUAGGACGUAGGUCCGGUUGGUUAUUCGUAUCACUGUACCUCAAGCAGUGUGCCGUAGCCCUCAUGGUCUACAGGGGUUCUGAUGCCCCAACCCGUAGGUCUGAGCUGUCUGUUCCAGUCCGGUUAACCAGAUCAGGCUUCGUCAUUUCCGCCGCUGGAUUAGGAUCUGGCUGCAGACCUGCAAUUAGCACACUAUGGUCAGACGGACCAGGCCCAGGAGCUGGUGUUGGCACCUCACUGACCUUCUCGGGCAGUUACUCUAAGCUGGCGCCAGCUUUACCUUUCUCCGUCCUGCCGCCUAACCCCCCCGUCUUACCGCGGCUGCUGGCACAGCCUAGUCUCGCGCACGCGUUCGUGCUGCCAGUCGUCAUAGAGAGCCGCGUCGAGUGCACGCUUAACAUCCUUUGGAUCUUUGAGAGUGAUCCCUUUCUGAUGCAAGAUAUUGUGGGCUUUGUCUCUCAUGGCCGCUUCUUCGUUUUCGCAAGCCUCCACGAUAGUCUCCACAGUGCUAUAUCCCUAAUCCCUAGCCUCCUUCUCUUGGGCAUCGAGGUUCUAGAUAUCUCUUGA